CAUUCAUUUCUUGCUCCUUGUCUACUUUAUGGUUUCUAUGUUUUGGUAUCCAUUGCCAAUUUAUGAGGCUUCUGAAUUAUGAAAUUUGAAGACUUACUAAUGCAGCCAAGUGAAGACAAGCAAAAAAUACAAGACCUCGAAGACGAGGUAGAGAAACUGCAGCAAGAGCUGGACGGGGAACUACAACUGCAGAGAGUUCUGCAAUGCGCCUUGCAACAACCAAUUCAUUCCUGCCAAUGUCUUUCUUCCUUGCUUCCGCCAAAGGUUCACGUGCUGCUCAAAGAACUGGCAAUGAUUGAAGAAGAAAUUAUUUGGCUGGAGAGAAAGGUUGAUGAGCUUAAGCUAAACCUGUACCAAGAAAAGAAGCAGACCCAGGAAUGGGAAAUGCUGCGAUUCAAAGAACUGCCGCCUCGAUGUGCUCCGUCGAAUAAUAAGGAAUUGAUUUCCAAGCAGAAAAGUCGAACAGAUUAUCCGCAAAAUAGAAAACCUAGAAUCCUUCAGGAAAGAAGAACCUCCGUCGGUUCUUCCAUUGACUUCCGAAGCUCAUCUUUCUUCGGGUCUAGUGAAAUAUUAGAUCAGAAGUCAAGAUGUUCAAGUUCAAGAAGUUGGGAAAGUCACAUCCCAUUAGAUAUAGAAAUAGAAAUCGACUUUGAGAAGCCAAACAAGCUGUCUGAAGAACUGAUCAAGUGCAUGAUAGGCAUAUAUCUCGAGAUGAAACAGGCAUCAUUUGAGAUGAAAGGAUCAGCCAUUGUUCCAAAGUGUAGCUUAUCCUCCAUGAAACCAAGAGGCCUCAUGUCAAAAACAUCAUUCAGUUGCACUGUAUCCCCAUUUUCCUGGGAUUCUGACAAAUCAAAUAUUGAUCCAUACCGCAUCCUGCAAGACUUAGAUGGCAGCAUCCGAGACAUUGGACCUUACAAGGAUUUUGUCCAGAUUACACGAAAUUCAGUUGACAAAAGCUAUUUAUCCGAAUGUCAUCCAGCAAUGAGAAAAUUGCGGGUUUUGAUGCAUAAACUCAGUAAUGUGGACCUGUCAUACUUGACCUACAAACAGAAGCUAGCUUUCUGGAUAAACGUUUACAAUGCGUGCAUCAUGCAUGCAUUUCUGCAACUCGGUUUUCCUUCUAGCCAGGACAAAUUACUCACAGCCAUGAACGAGGCUGUGAUAAUAGUUGGAGGAAUCGUAUUGAAUGCCCUUGCUAUCGAGCACUUCAUCCUUCGUCAUCCUACGGAGCAAAAACAAGGGCUGACACGUGAGAAAGAAAUGCUCCUCAGACAUGCAUAUGGUCUUGGAUAUCCAGAACCCAACGUUACAUUUGCUCUUUGCCGAGGCUGCUGGUCUUCCCCGGCGUUAAGGGUUUAUACACCAGACGAGGUAGUGAAUGAACUAGAGAGGGCAAAAGUCGAGUAUUUGGAAGCAGCUGUGGGAGUUACAGGCAAGAAAAGAAUUAUCGUGCCCAAACUAAUGCAGUGGCACAUGAGAGACUUUGCGGACAACAUGGAAUCGCUACUGGAGUGGAUAUACAGCCAAUUGCCACAAUCAGGGUCACUCAAAAGGUUGAUAAUGGAGUGCCUAAACAGUGAUAAAAAAUCUCCCAUCGCAAAAAUAAUGGAUAGUCAACCUUACAAUUUCGAAUUCCGUUAUAUCCUCUCUCCUUAUGAGUGAAAGCUGAAGAGGUACAGAUGUAAAGCAGCAAUACAAACAGAACAAAAGGAAGCCCAUUUUUCAUCCUCAA